AUGGCCCUGGCAGCAUCAUCAGGAGGCACACACCAAGUGACAAUCCAUGUUGCUCUUCAUCACCUUAAACCUGAAGGCAAGUCAGGGACAGUAUUGGUUGGUAAUAUUGAACGUGAUAUGCAUAUUGGACUUAAUGUCACAUUGACAGAGCUUCGGUCUAUUGCCUGCAACCAGCUCAAUCUAUUAUGGGCUGAAUGGUCGCACAAUCACUUACUGUCUCUGUAUAGCUUGGAGAUGCACAAGUCCCCAAAAAUGCUUUUGUAUGAUCCACAGCAGCCAUCCCUUAAUGCUGAUGAGCCAGUCCUUCAAGAUGUUAAGAACCAUGUUGCUCAAAGGAGAGAGAGACUGACUCAGAGGGGCUUGGCCUCAGCUCAUACACUGUGCCCCUUACCUGAGUAUGUGCCCUUCAUUUCAUAUGAGGUCCAAUGA